AUGCGGUCGCUACUUCCCGUCCUCCUCGCCUUCACAUGCAUCAGUCAGAGCCGGCAGAACCUGCAGCAUGAGCUCUCAUCUCAGCGACAUGCCGUGAAGCUCGCGAUGGUCGAGGUUGGGUUCGUUGCAUCCCCUGGCUGCUCCUGGAGAUCAGCGCGCAUAAGCCGCAUGCUCGGGCAGUUUGUCGACAGCGCUCCUCGUCAUGGCUUCGCCUUACCGGUUCGCGCGCCAUGGCGACCUGCUCGAAGUCUUGGAAGCAACUGCAAGAGACGUGCGAUGCCAUUGAAGGGCAUGGAUGGCAUGGGGGGAGCGAGAGACUCUGACAACGAAGGCGGGCGAAGGAACAAAAGGUUUCUGAGGGUUUUACAGAGUGAAGCUUCAAACUCGUUGGAAGACGCGUUGAACUUCAUCUCUCUGGUCAGGAUCAAGAUGGCCGAGGGAGGGGCCGACGCUGCGGCCUCGUUCCAUGUCAGGGAAUUCAACAACGCGAUCAAGUCGUGCUCAACCACUGCUAGGAGGGGAUCUGGUAAGUCCGCCGUGAGCACGGCACUCCGUGUCUUCGACCUGAUGCGCGAGGUGGGAGUGGAGCCGAACAGCUACACAUUCGUCUUCUUGAUGGACACGUGCGCUAAGGCAGGGGCAGAGGAGGAGGCGGUGUUGGUCGCAGGCAUGCUGGAGGACAGCGGGUGCAGCGCGAAUGAGUUUUUCUACUCGUCUUACAUCUCACUGUACAAGAGCAAAGCUCUCGCAGGAGACAGGAGAGCCCCUCAGAAGGUCUUGAACCUUCUUGAUGAGAUGAAGCGAAGGCAGUUGCCGAUCAAUGAGUUCGUUCUCACCAGCGCCAUCUCCACCUGUGCCGCAGCUGCAAACAAGCUCGGGCUUGACGACUGUCUUCGGAUCGCAAGAAACUUGUUGUCUUCGAUGGAUAGGAGUGGUGUGAACAUCACAGAGGCCGCGUACAAUGCGCUGAUGAGUGGCUGUGCGAAAUGCGCUGCUGAUGAACCGAUGGCAGCAAAGGAGUGCUGGAAGCUCCUCAAGGAGAUGAAGCUCAAGGGCCUCAAGCCCAACCAGAGGACCUACAAUACCCUGAUGGAUUGCUGCGCAAGGUGUGGAGAUCUGGUGGCCAUUGAGCAGUGCUCGGAUCUGAUUGGCACCAUGCAGAAAGAAGGGCUGGAGCCUGACACAACUUCAUACAACACCCUGCUGAAAGCCUUUGCCAGCGCAGCACGAAAGACCAUCGAAGGGCGGAAGUCUCAAAGCUCGCAAAAUCGAGGAAGGAUAGGGAGCACAGGGAGCAGCAGAACAGCAGCAAGGGGGAGAUUGAACGCAGUCGACUUGCAGAGGGAGGCAGGGGAUCGCGAGGUUCGCAUGAGCAAGAAGGCGUUCGCAAAGCGCAUGCUCGAAGAGUCCUUUCAGCUUGUCGAGGAGAUGAAGAGCAGGGGGCUCAAGCCGGACGUGAUAUCCUUCAACACUCUCCUCGCAGCAUGUGCAGCAGCGUCGGCUGAGGGCCGUCAGACUCCGAAACGAGGGUUAAAAGCCCUGCAGCUCAUGAAGGAAGCCGAUGUGGUCCCCAGCGCUGAUUCGUUCUCCUUGCUCAUGGAAGCCUGCAAGGUUGCUGAGUUGGCAGGAGCGAAAGACAGCAUGGAGGUCGGCAUGCGCGUGAAAGAGUUUAUCAGCAACCCGCAAUCUCAGUUCUACUCGACGUCCCUCGCAUCCUCCUUUCCGGAGAAGAACGGUAACGUCUACUCCAACGAGACGCUCCUCGACGCUGGGGCAACGUGGAUGCACUCCCGUCUGAGAUGGGACAACGCGGUCUCGCCUCAGGGCCUCAUCGAUGCCCAUGAGACGGCAAGAAUCGCAUCUAGCAUGAGCUCCAUGUCAGAGUCGCUCGUCAGCGCGUCUAACAAUCCCUUCUACGCAAGGAACAUCGUCAGCAGAAUCGUCGACGCGUCAGCGACUGCCAACCAAGUCCGCGCCCUGGCCGAGCUUGCACGGACGAGCGCAGAGACGGGGGAUGAGAAGAAGAUGAGCGCAGGAGACGACUCGUUCGAGCUCGGGAUGCAGCUGUUCCUCGACAUGCUGGACCAGAACGUCAAGCCCGACGCCUUCACCUUCACCAGCUUGAUCAACACGGCGAAGCAGAAUGGCAACCCCGAGCACAUCUCGAGGGUCUACAACCUCUUUCGAACGAUCCCAUACUCGGACAGAAACCACCGCAUGUAUGCCACAAUGAUCGGAGCGCUUGGCCAGGCAAGAUUCGUCGACGAGGCUGUGGAGCUGCUCUCGUCUUCCCGCGAGCAUGGCCUGCCGCCUGACCUGUACAUGUACAGUGCUGCUCUGCAAGCGGCCGCUCGGGCGGUGAAGCUGAGCCAUCAGAGUUGA